UGCCCUGUGAGAGCAGGGGACGGACUGAACGAACGAACGAACAACUCUCUAUACUAAUCGCUCGUGACGCUUCGUCCGUCUGUCCGAAUGUCCGUCCCAUCGACGUGUCGUUCCCGUUUUCUCUUUUUCACGUCGUGAUUGUGAACGCGUCGCGUCGGCGUCGCGCUCGCGCGCUAUCAUCGGGACUGUUCGCUGCACCGCGUGGUAGUAAACGGAGUGCAUCGUGUCACGUCGAGACGUGUCGGUGGAUUCGGCAUCCUGGACUCUUGGACCGCGUAACUUGGACUCCUUAGGACCAGUGGGAUUCCCAAGCGUCCCGUCGGCCGCUCGAGCCGCCACGGGGCCCUUCUACCGAACGAAACAAGGUAGGGAUCGACUCCGACAUGUGUUCGCCAGUCGGAUUCCAUGCUCUGGACUCGAAGACACCCUGAUGGCAGUCACCGUUACGGCGAGACAUUGCGAUCGUUCGCCGCCAAUCGAUACGCUGUUACGUUCCUCGCGUCGCUAUCCGGAGUAGUACUGACUCAGUGAGAGAGUGCAGUGCGUGCAGGUGCUGUUGUGACCUAAUUCGUUGUUGUUGAGAGAAAUUCAGAGACAACCGACCCGUCCACACCCGUCAUGUCAGCCUACGCGCAGUUCGGGUACUCGUAUCCGUCGGCGUCCCAGCUGCUGGUGAGCGGGGGACAGCCGACGACGGCGACGUCGCCGGCGAUGUCGUCUGGUGGGGCCCUCAGCCCCGGGGCGCUGUCACCGUCGUCGACGGCGACGACGACAGGCGCCGCGGCGGCAAGCGGAGGAGCGAGCACCCCCGUGGGCGGCACUACGGGCCCUGGUUGCUGUGAAAACGGCAGGCCCAUGAUGACGGAUCCUGUGACCGGGCAGACGGUUUGCAGCUGUCAGUAUGACAGCGCCGCGAGGCUCGCUUUGGGUGCAUACCCGAGGCUAGCACCCACGGCGACCUCCUACUCCUCUUACCCCACACCGACGCCGUCCACCACUGACCAGGGUCCCUACCCCAGCAUCAGCAUGGACAGCUCAGCGUUCUACCCUCCUCUGGGAAAUCCGUACGGAUUGAAGGACACGACGGGGAUGGGCAUGACGGCGGAUAUGGGUGCUGCAUGGGGCACGGCCGCCCUUCAACCUGCUGCCACGGGUUACUACCCCUACGAUCCAACCCUGGCCGCCUACGGGUACGGAGCCGGAUACGACCUGGCCGCGCGGCGGAAGAAUGCGACGAGGGAGUCUACGGCGACCUUGAAGGCCUGGUUAAACGAGCACAAGAAGAACCCCUACCCGACGAAGGGCGAGAAAAUCAUGCUAGCCAUUAUCACGAAGAUGACGCUGACUCAAGUCUCCACUUGGUUCGCCAACGCGCGGAGGCGUCUGAAGAAGGAGAAUAAAAUGACCUGGGAGCCGAAGAACAAGACCGACGACGACGACGAUGCGGUUCUCACGGACUCGGAGGAUAACAAAGAAAAGGACGAUCUCGCGGGGGACAAUCAAGGCGACAGGGUCGGCGAGGAGGCGAGGAGAGGACUCGAAGAAAAUGAGCCGAUGAGGCACGUGAAAGCGGAGCACUUGCAGCACGACAAGGACCUGGACGACGAGGACGACCUGGAUCUCGAGGAGGACCCGCGACGAGGGGAGCAUCCCUUUCACCACGCGAUGCAGCAUCAUCACCAUCAUCAUCAAGGGUACGCCGGGGAGGACCACCUGAAAGACGAGGGCAUAAAGUCCGACUGCAGCGCGGCCGGGGUACCCAUACCCGCCACCAAGCCGAAAAUUUGGUCUCUGGCGGAUACCGCGGCCUGCAAAACGCCGCCACCGCCCACGCAUCCCCAUCACCAGCAAUACCACCACCUCCAUCAUCAGCAGCACUACGCCCAGCAGCAACAGCAGCAUCACCUGCCCAACCAAGGCCACCAUCAUCAUUCCCAGCAACCUUGGCUCGGUUCGGGCGGCGGCGGAGGCGGUGGAAGCGCGGGUGGUGGUGGCGGAGGUGGAAACCUCGGCUCGUUCGCGUUGCCCUCCUCCGCGUCGAUGAGUCCCUCUGCUGCGGCGACCGCUCCGUACUCGAGCGCGGCGACGAGAUACGGAGGAUUCCUCUCGUCCUCCUCCGGUGGUCAGCUCCACUACAACCCAAACUCCUCGUCCGGUUCGAGCUCGAGCGCAUCCUCCUCGGCGGCGGCGGGGUUUCCCGAGGUUGGUACGGACACUCCACCACAGACACCGCCCAACAUGAAGGUGGCUACACCGAAUGGAGUGAUCCAGGGACCACCGGCCGGCUACUGCACUGGUGGCAACGCCAACGCCACGACCAACGGUAAUCCAAAUCCGUACGGAGCGAGUCAUCCAGCCGCUGGCUAUCUGUCCACGAGUUCCGGCUCGGCCAGUAGCGCCUCCUCCUUCAGCUCCAGGCUACAGACGUCACCCCACAAAGACUUCUCACCCGCGGGACAGAACUCCAUCCUCCAUCAGCAUCAAACUACUGCCAGCCUGCCGCCCACGGAGGCUACCACCGCGUUCAAGCCGUUCUACAAAGGGUCGCAGUCGAUGGGUAGCGGGUUCGUAUCGCCGGUCUAAGGAGCGCUGGAUCAACGUCGGAUCACCGUCGCGUCCCUCGAGGAAUAAGCCACGGCGCGGAGGACGCAGGGACCCAAGGACCGGACUGUAAAUACGCGCUCCCGAGAGGUCCUGGGAUUUAUUAGCGUCGUCUCGGCUCCGCGAGGAGGGAGAAGAGGUCACGGGAAGAGGACGGAGGCGAGAAGCGCCAAGACUCGGCGCUGAGGAAGCACGAAAGGAACAGAGGAAGGAAGCAAAGAAUCAAGGGUGACUACUAGGGAUACAUAAAUCGUCCCCGCCCUCCGCGAGCUGCCACUGCGAAAGACGAACGAGGGAUGGCGCGAGUCGGGCCGAAGACGGCUUAGAGGAGAUUUAGGAAUUAGGGGAAUUACGUCGAAGUGCCUGCUUACGCACGAGUACGUAAGGGAGGAAGACUCCAGGAGAGAGCAGACUUCCAGAGGACGUGCGCUGAAUCGCGUCUGUCGCGUCCCUGUAUUCGAGAAAUUCAGCGAACCCUGAAGUUCCCGAAGAGGCAACCUCUUGCUUCUCCUAUAGCAACGGAAGAUACACAAAAGGGGUUGAAAAUUACUGAUGGAUUACUAUUUACCACAGAAUAAUAAUCCAAAAUCGCAGGUAGUUCGUCGAUCAACGAGCGAUGGGCUAACCGAAACCACCCCUUUGCUCAUCCUUGAUAUAAAUCAGGAUCCAGGAGAUUAACCCAGAUAUUACCGAAGUGAUUUCUGCCAAAUUCUAUUAAAUUAUGGACCAAGUGUAAUUUUUUUGUAAAAGAAAAGUGAUACAGCUGUAUAGCUGUCCAGUUUUUAGUUAGAUGGAUUUGGAAUAGGAUACAUUGUCCUGGAUUUUUAAGAAAACGAUAGUAAUACCUGGGUGAAUGGCUCUGUAAACAUUUAUAUCGGGAACACGUUAUAUUAGUCGAUUAGUUCCAUAGUGAGAAGCAUCUUGUAGAGAGUUAUACAAAUUUCGUCCAGACAGUGCUAGUGGACUCGCCGGUAAGACUGACACAGGACAUCUUGCUUUAAAUCUAAUUCUAGAUUCAGAAUCCUCCGGUCACACUUCCCGCAGCUGGUGUCAACGACCACCAUGACGGUGGACGUGGGAAACAGAAGAAUGUUCCCAACUUUACAUACCAAAAAAUAAUAAUCCAUCAGAAACCUUCGUUCCCUCGGUAGAUUGAAAGGGAAAGGGGCCUAUCAAGGUAAACAAGGGAAGAAAUCGACGAACCGACGCGCGCGAUGUGUCCAAGUUAUCUGGUCACGCGUGUCCCUCGAUCUUCUCGCGUUUUACGUCUUUGAUUCUGUAAAUAGGAGGGUCGGUCGUAGACUCGCAGGCCAACUCGACGAUUUGGCAACCACCAGUCAACCGUUCACCGCGUCUCAAGGAUCGAUCCUUGUUUUGUACAUAUACCUUUGAUCGUGAGCGGGAGGACCAGUUUAGGACACGCUUACGUCCAACUACUCGUCGAACGCGGGUCCUGUUGCUUCCAGGGAGCCAAGGACUCCGCGAAUCACGGGCAACGUGCAAAGUAGCAGCCUUGCAGGACGACCUGAACGCGAGGACACCCUUAGAGAACCUUUUCUGUGGCUAGAGCUCGACAAGCAAGAGAAUCGACUUGGCUGGGCGAAGGAGUUCCAGGUUCCAUCGCCAUUUCUAUCGAAUGCUAUCGUAUCCCGAAUGUUUGAGCUACCUAGUCGAAGCAGAAGAACUUGGAAGAGUUCCACUGACCUGGUGGAAAGUGUUCCAAGUCGAUGCUAUCGUUUGUCGAGUUUUAGAUUCGUCGCGACUCGCGCGGGACACUCUACCUGAGAAGACGACAGGAAUCGUCAUCCUCGAGGCUCGUCGGCGAGGCGCUACGAGAUACUCUAUUGUUACAAUAUCGCUAACUCUUUAAUUAUCUCAAUGGGAUCGUUAACGUGUAUACGAAAGCAAAAGUUUUCAAGAAUUUUGGCCGAUCAGUCGAGAGCUAUCGAGACCGCUGUGGCUGUCACCCUAAGUUUAUUCCUGGGACACCUGGCAAUAGCCCAAUUCGUUUGUUUCGACCCUAAGACAACUAUGAUAUUUUUGUCUAUGUAAAAUUCGCGAUAGAGUCCUUCCCAGGAGAGUACCUAGGUCUAGAACGAUGGCCCUACAUAUUAUAUGUACUAGCGUGUCUUUGAAAUGAGGGUGGAAAAGGGAUUUAUCAGUGUAAUAGUUCCUCGUUUCAAUAUAUUGCAGCACUGUCAUUGUUCGUAAUCUCAGUCAGGGGAGUGCCCUUGGUCGGUCAAAUUUCUUGGAAAGGACUAUAGGUCGUAAACCACAGUGGUCUUGGGCCUCGGGAGAAUUUGAAGGAAUACAAUCGGGAGCCUGGACGAUCGGAACUACGAACGCGAAGGGGUGAAAUCCCAUAACCGUGAGUCAUGUUUUUUAAACAUUGGCUGCUGUGCAUAGGUGCAAUGUAGACACGCAAAUUCGAUAGAAAAGAAGUUCCUCGAAAUGAGGAGUGGUUAAUUUGCAUUAAUGCGACUUUCAGUCCUCCGUAUCAAGGUGGAGAUUUAAGAUGGCGUCUCCACGCUGUGUUAUAGAAUAAAAAUAUUGGAAAGAAAUCGUGCGAGUGAAUGGCCACUGUGGCUUGAACGGGACGGUAAACUAAUUAAGAGUAAAUUCGUCCUUUUUCGCGCGGGCGCCGUGCACUCGCGAUCCACGAAGACUUCCGGUUCCCCGAACACUGUGCACUUUUAGCGCACGAGAAUUCGUCGAUCGCGACACAAGCGGUAUCUACCUUAAUUAGCAUCGUACUCUAUCCUCGUUACUUUUCAAUCUCCUCUGUGCAAUAUAUUGUUUAGAUGUAUGUUCGAUGAUCGCCGAGUGUCUCGUGUUCGCUGAUCGGGAACCCAAGGCAGCAGCGAAUGAAACGGUGAAAUGGGAAUUAUGAAAAAUAAUAAAAUAAAUCGACUAUCAUUUUGUACUUUGGCAUAUGCGAGCGUGUGUGCGUGCGUGUCAUCGCCGAGGGAUGAAGAGGGUGGCACGUCGGUGAGCAUACGGUUUAGAAAGAAUGGGGAUUAGCGAGAGCGAACGAGAAAUUGUACAUUGUUUUGUAAAGAGUACAUUUAUUUAUAUCUGUGAUAAUGGGCGAGGUUAAAAACAAUAAAAAAAAAAAAAAUGUGAAAGAGUGCAUGCGAGAGACGGACAGAGGAAGUGGAGGUAGGCGAGUGGAAGAGAGGACAUCUAUGGUGUACUUUAACGAGGACGGUCGAUGCUCGUGCAUUCGUUGACACAUAUAUCGUAUAGAAAUAAUUUUAGACUCGAUAAUGAUUUUGUAAAUAAUCAGUGCGUAGCCCAAGGGACACGAGGGUCGAACGUACCUUCCCGUCGGAAUCGAAACAGGCGGAUAAACAACAAGAACAGGAAUAUAAACGAGAACAAGGGUAAAAAACGAGUAUACAGAAAGAGGAGGGGAGAGAGAGUUUUGUGUACACGAUCGCACCCUCGUGAGAAAGAAGAGAGAACUAUUUGUUGUGAAUAUACAUAAUACAGGUACUAGGUAUAUAGAUAUAUAAAUAUAAAUAUAUAAAUAUAUACAUACUAUGAUUAAUAGGUUCUAUUUGGUUGUUCGUACGAAUUCAAUUGUAAAUUAAUUAAACUGUACAUAGUUCUGAAUGUGAAUAUAGACAGAAUAUAUCUAUUAUUAUUAUUA